CGCCUCUGACAACAACUCUGAGGAAGAAAGUUUCCUGCACCGUCAGCCAAUCAUUACGCACGCCCAAGAGCCGGUCUCCCUCCUCUAAACCAAUCACAGAGCCUGGAUCACUGAUGGCAAAGAAGUGCAGCACAACUAAUAACUGUUCCUCUGGGUUUUGACCAUCUUCCCUCACUCUGAACGUGUGUCAACAACAACAGCGACAACAACAUCACUUGCAUGACUAUUGAUGACAUCGCAGAUUCCCUCACGUAUCCAAGUGCCUCUCGACUGUUGAAAGAUCAACGCAUAGGCGCACUCUUCAGAAGUCUACCUCAAGUUUUUCCUGGUUUGGUAACUUGGGCUCUUUUCUUCGGGAGGCGGGAGUGUUUUUUUUUUUUUAUCUCCCUGGACGCUGGUUCCUGUCUAGUCCAGUGGCUACCCUAUCAAGGCUAACCUUCCACGAAUUGGAAUACAGGGCAUUUUUACUCAUAAUUUCUCCCAGUGGUCAAGCUCCAUCGUCGGCAGCUCCCUGUUCUCCUCUCUGGCGGGAGGUUAGUUGAAGGCGUAGGGUUGUGGAGGUAUGACUGCGUUGGCAGGGGCAAUACCAAGGAUGAUGCGCCCCAUGCUGGCUCAGAACUACCCACACAGUGGCUUCCCACUGGAAGUCUCUACCCCGUUAGGCCAAGGCAGAAUGAACCAGCUCGGGGGAGUUUUCAUAAAUGGCAGACCUUUGCCCAACCAUAUCCGCCAUAAGAUCGUCGAAAUGGCCCACCAUGGCAUCAGGCCAUGCGUAAUCUCCCGUCAACUCCGCGUCUCUCACGGUUGCGUUUCCAAAAUCCUCUGCCGGUACCAGGAGACCGGCUCCAUCCGACCCGGGGCCAUCGGGGGAAGCAAACCCAAGCAGGGGACGACACCUGAUGUUGAGAAGAGAAUAGAGGAGUACAAGCGGGACAACCCGGUGAGCUCUAUCAGUCGCAUCAUGAGGAGUAAAUUCGGAGGGAAGGGAGAUGACGAUGAUGAUGAAGAUGAAAUCGAGAAAAAGGAAUUAGAAGAACACGAACGGCGGGCCAAACACAGCAUCGAGGGCAUCUUAGGAGACCGAUCGAGCCACUCAGAUGAGGGGUCGGACGUGGAYUCAGAACCYGACCUGCCUCUGAAGAGGAAGCAGCGCCGCAGUAGAACCACCUUCACGGCCGAACAGUUGGAUGAGCUGGAGAGAGCCUUCGAACGAACACACUAUCCUGACAUCUACACCAGGGAAGAGCUGGCUCAGAGGGCCAAACUCACGGAGGCCAGAGUACAGGUGUGGUUCAGUAACAGAAGAGCCCGYUGGAGGAAGCAGGCUGGAGCUAGUCAGCUCAUGGCCUUCAAUCACCUGAUCCCUGGGGGUUUCCCGCCCUCUGCCAUGUCCAGUCUCUCACCUUAUCAGCUGUCUGACAGCCCGUAUCCCCCUACAUCCAUAUCACAAGCGGUGUCGGAGCAGGCCAGCACCCUGCAUCGGCCCCAGCCCCUGCCCCCCUCCUCAGGCCAUCACCAGAGCUCAGGUGGGGGAGGGCAGGAUGUGGGUUCGGCCUACUGCCUGGCCUCUGGACGCCACGGCUUCUCAGGCUACUCUGACAACUUUGUCACGUCAGGAGGCCCUCCCAACUCCCAGAACCCUACCAACGGCAAUGGCCUCUCUUCCCAGGUGAUGGGUCUGUUGAACCCAGGCGGGGUGCCCCACCAGCCCCAGAGUGACUACGCCCUCUCCCCCCUGACAGGAGGCCUGGAGCCCCCCGGGGGCAUGGGGGCCAGCUGCUCCCAGCGUCUGGAGCACCUCAAGGGUCUGGAGGGCCUGUCCAGUGUCCCCAACAUCCCCAGUCUCCCCUCGCUGCCCAACUCCCAGUCCUACUGCCAUUCCUCCUACAGCGCUCCUGCCUACAGCGUGGACCCUGUGGCCUCCUACCAGUAUGGGCAGUACCAUGGACAAAGUAAGGUCAAUAUCUCUCACUUUUAUUACCACUUAAACACUUAGGAAGAUCUCUCCAAUCAUAUCAACUGUAGCCGCCUUGAGUUUUCACUGCUCUUAAGUCUACCACGCCAAAACAUUUACAAAGGACAAAUGUGUUGAUAGGARUCUAUCAGUGUUCAUAUGACGUGUUUCCAUCCAACAAAAACAGCAGGGUUUCAGACAGGAAGAGUUGUUUGAUCCUAUCUCUGAAGUAACGCUGACUAUAUUGGAUCAUAUCUGUCCUUUGGUAUACUGUAGCUCACAUCAUGUCACCUCGCCUCACCUCGCCUCGCCUGUCAGCAAUUGUUAAUUCCUGUCAAACAGCACUAACAGUGUAAGAUAUGCUCUCCUGGAACGUUUUCUUAUGGGAGGCUUGUUUAACUGUGAGGAGGCCCUUCAGUUCACAUUAACAUUACACUAAGGUUAACUCUGACAUCAAACAAACCUUCAUGUAACUCUCAAAAACCGACGUCAUCCACAUGCGUUCAACCAUGAUUAGAGCACCCUGUAGUUUUCAAUUUCCCUCUGUGGGGGGCGACCUGCACAGGUCACCCAAUCAGGCCAGUCCCUCGARCUCGCAGCAACCURGCCCUUCAAAGCAAAGGCACCAGUCCCUGUAGCUGACUGCUACGGCUUUAUAAAGGACUGCAGGUAUCGAGUGAAUAUUUAACCUAAUAUCCGAGAGAAAGAAAUGCCUAAUGAAAUAUCUUGAAGAGAUAUGUAAGUGGACAGAAAAGACACACACACACA